AUGGUAGGCGAGACCACCACUCUGAAUAUCCUUUCAGACUCCACCACAGUCCAACAGGAACACGGGAAAAGGUGUAAACAGAGUGAAACACUGCAGAAGCCAUUUUAUUGUUUGGAAUGUGGCAAACGAUUCCCACGAAUGAGCACUCUUAAGAGGCAUAGAAAAAUUCACACUGGAGAAAAGCCAUAUUGUUGUUCAGAUUGUGGCAACCGAUUCACACAAUUGAGCAGCUUUCAGAGACACACAAGAAUUCACUCAGGAGAGAAGCCAUAUUGCUGUUUAGAAUGUGGUAAAGGAUUUAACUGCACUAGCAGGCUUCAGGACCACAAAAAAGUUCACACUGGAGAGAGGAAACAUUAUUGUUCAGAAUGUGGCAAAGAAUUCACCACCAGCUAUGGUCUUCCAUACCACAGGCAAAUUCACAAUGGAGAGAAGCCAUAUUGUUCUGCUUGUGGAAAACAAUUCAGAACCUGCAACGGCCUUCGAAAAAUUCACACUGGAAUGAAGCCAUGUUGCUCUGAAUGUGGCAAACAGUUCACUACCCAUGGUAGCCUUCAAGUCCAUAGAAGAAUGCAUACGGGAGAGAAGACAUACUGUUGUUCUGAAUGUGGCAAGUAA